CUUCACCUCUCCUCACACGGCUUCCUCCUCCUCCUUCCACUCAUCCAUCCAUCCACCACCACCACCAUUCCUCUCACCUCAGACACGCGCGAACCGCACGAACCCUAGCUGGCGGCGGGAGGAGGAGGCGGCGGCGGCGGCGGCGGCGGGAUGACGCGGCGGUGCUCGCACUGCAGCCACAACGGGCACAACUCGCGGACGUGCCCCAACCGCGGGGUCAAGAUCUUCGGGGUGCGCCUCACCGAUGGCUCCGCCAUCCGCAAGAGCGCCAGCAUGGGGAACCUCUCCCUCCUCUCCGCGGGAUCCACCAGCGGCGGCGCGUCCCCCGCCGACGGGCCCGACCUCGCCGACGGCGGCGCCGGGGGAUACGCCUCCGACGACUUCGUCCAGGGCUCCUCCUCCGCCAGCCGCGAGCGCAAGAAAGGUGUUCCUUGGACUGAAGAAGAACACCGGAGGUUUUUGCUGGGAUUACAAAAGCUUGGGAAAGGUGAUUGGCGAGGAAUUUCUCGUAAUUUCGUGGUCUCAAGAACACCUACUCAAGUAGCAAGUCAUGCUCAAAAAUAUUUUAUACGUCAAUCAAAUAUGAGCAGAAGGAAGAGAAGGUCUAGCCUUUUUGACAUGGUGCCUGAUGAGUCCAUGGACCUUCCACCCCUUCCUGGAAGUCAAGAACCAGAGACCUCAGUGUUAAAUCAAGCACCACUGCCGCCUCCUGUGGAGGAGGAGGUGGAAUCAAUGGAGUCAGAUACUUCUGCUGUUGCAGAGAGUUCUACGGCUUCUGCUCUCAUGCCCGAGAGUUUACAACCUAAUUAUCCGAUGAUUGUUCCAGCUUAUUUCUCACCGUUCUUGCAAUUCUCAGUUCCUUUCUGGCCAAAUCAGGAAGAUGGAGGCGAUCUGCCCCAAGAAACACACGAGAUUGUCAAGCCUGUGGCAGUUCAUUCCAAGAAUCCAAUUAAUGUUGAUGAACUUGUGGGCAUGUCAAAGCUAAGCAUAGGGGAGCCUGGUCAGGAGACAGUUUCUACUUCUCUGUCGCUAAAUCUGCUAGGGGGUCAAAAUAGGCAGUCGGCUUUCCAUGCAAAUCCUCAAACGAGAGCUCAAGCCUGAUCCCCCAUCAGCACAGAAACUGCAUUUAGAUGGAAUCCUGGGCAAAAAAAGCUUUGCCUCUCUCUCUCUCUCUCUCUCUCUCUCUCUCUCUCUCUUUUCUAUAUUUAAGAUUAACCGUGCUCUGUAGCUUGUAUCAUGUGCUGUAAGUUAUGCUACGUAUGAAUGUACCUGUUGUUUGUCUGGCACGCAUGAUAUGACACUCUUAUGUUAACAAAGUCAUUGAUGUUAGUGCUGAUCUUUAUGGUUGUAAUGCUGUAAACUUUUCCUAAGAAAAAAAGUAUUAGCCAGUUCUUUUCAA